AUGAUUGAAAAAUCGAAUAACAUAUAUCUUAGUAUCGACCCGAUUGUCGAACGAAUUAAAAAAAAUGGCGAAGAAUUACCUUUGUUAAACUCUGAAAAGAAGGGUAUAGAUUAUACCCAGAUAGUUGUAUAUUUAGUUGGAUUGUCAGAUGGAUUAACACAUUUAGCAUCAUUAGCUAUAUAUUAUUUGUUUAAAGAUCAUUAUAGAUUAACACCAUAUCAAGUAUCAUUAAUAUUGAUGUAUCCGUAUUUACCUUUUAUAUUAAAACCUAUUAUUGCACUAAUAACUGAUUCGAUAUCUAUAUUUGGCAUGCGAAGAAAACCGUAUUUAUUUUUGUUUAGUUUAUUUCAAUCAUUAAAUUUUUUAUCAUUAGCAUAUGUUGAUUUAUCAUUAAUACAAGCAACAUUGGUAUUAUUUUUUAUAUCUUUAUGUGCAUCCUUUUGUACAACCGUUGCAGAAGCUUUAGUUGUCGAAAGUUCUAUAGGAAAGACAUAUUCACAAGGCACAAAUAAAGUAACAGAAUUUAUAGCAUCGAAAGCUGUUGGUAGUUUAUCUGUUGCAUAUUUUUCAGGAUAUUUUUUAGAAAAAGUAUCACGUGAAUAUAUAUUUAUGGCUACCUCUAUAUUUCCUUUAAUUAUAUCUAUAUCAUGUUUAUUUUUAAAAGAAAAAGAAUAUGCGACACGUAAAAAUAUAUUCAAACAAAUGACAGAAUUAAUUAAGUUUAUUAAUACACCAGUUUUUAUAGGCCCAUUUUUAUAUAUAUUUGUAUAUAUGUCUGGUCCAGAUUAUGAUGACGCAUUUUUUUUCUUUUGUACAAAUAAGUUAGGCUUCCGGCCUUCUUUUAUGGGCACAUUAAGAUUGACUUAUGGUAUAGCAUCAUUAAUUGGUAUAAUAGUUUAUAGAGUCUUUUUAAAAAAUUCAAGUUUAAGAAAUACACUUAUUUUCACAACUUUAGUAUCUUUCCCUAUAUAUAUAUCACCAAUAAUAUUAACAGAAAAAAUUAAUAAAUAUUUUGGUAUUUCUAAUGAAUUGUUUGUAUUAAGUGGUGGAUUUUUAAUUGAAGCCAUUACAGAAAUACAGUUACUACCUCUAUUUAUUUUAACAGCUAACAUAUGUCAAGAAGGAUUAGAAGCUAGUGUUUUUGCUACUAUAUUAAGUGUUAAAAAUUUAGGAUCGCUAACAAAAAAGGGAACAUCUUCUCUUCUCACUUAUUUAAUGAAAAUAGAUACUUAUAAUUUUGAUAACCUAAGUAUGUAUAUAUUAACAUGUGGAUUGUUUCUUUUACUCUCUCUUUCGUUGAUUCCUUUGUUACCUUCUGAGGAUCAAAUUGAACGUUUAAAAAAUAAAAAACCACAGAAAUGA